CGCCAGCAUGGCGCCGCUGGACGCCGUGUUCCCGGCAGCGCCGUCGGCGCCGCCCCCGGCGCCGGUGCCGCACCUGCUUAACUGGGUCUACCUCACGUUAGCCGACCGCCAGCCGCCCCCAGAGCCGUCGGCGCCGCCGCCUCCGCCCCCGGGGAAGCCAUGGACGGCGCUGCCGGCGGCGACCGCGGGCGCGGGUUUCGGCCUGGGUCUGGCCGCGCUGCCCGUGCCGCCCCCGCCGCCCCCAGCGCCAGGCCCGGACCCCACUCUUGACCUGGUGGAGCAGUUCAGAGAUAUGCACAUUGGUGUGCCCUCAGAGCGGAAGCCAGGGAAGCGGCCACCACCUGCCUACAUGUGCCAUUUGUGCUUCAGCAAGGGUCACUACAUCAAAGACUGUCCUCAGGCAAGGCCUAAAGGUGAAGGGCUUACUCCCUACCAAGGAAAAAAGCGGUGCUUCGGGGAAUAUAAAUGUCCCAAGUGCAAAAGGAAGUGGAUGUCAGGCAACAGUUGGGCCAACAUGAGCCAACAGUGCAUUAAAUGCCAUGUGCACGUCUUUCCACAUAAGCAGCGUCCUUUGGAAAAACCAGAUGGACUCGAUGUUUCAGAUCAGUCUAAGGUUCAUCCUCAACAUCUGUGUGAGAAGUGUCAGACACUAGGUUAUUACUGCAGAAGAGUACAGUAAAUUAAAGUAAAGUAUAUGUAACAAUAUGUGUACUAUGUGGCCACAUUCCUCACACCUGAAUUUAAAGCAAAUAGUACAGCAGUGGAAAAUCAAAUGUGAGAGAGACAUGAGUAACAUUAGGAAACUGGAAUUAUUUUACUUAUAAAUGGUGUUCUUGUUAUAUGUGAAGAAAACAGAACUCAGCUUUAUCAUUGAAGAGCCAACACAACUGAUGAUGAGUUGUAAAAAUUAUAUGUCAUAUUUCCUUUGCCCAGAUAGGCAAGACGACAUUGACAGAAUGUAAAAUUAUCCUCUUACAUGACUGCUGAAGUGUUGUUACAUUAUCAACUGAUGACACCUCUGUAUGUCCUUGCACCCAUUCCACACAUACACUGUUAUAAUUUAUUCUCUUAUGAUGGUGUUAUUUAUGGUUACCUUGUAGACCAAAGAAUUUAAUGUCUCGUGUUUUACUAACACUACUGCUAGAUGACACUACACUUUUAUAUUCUAAUCUUUAAAUAUGAUUAAUUUAUUUAUUCAACUUUCUUAUAAUACUGAAUAUGACCUCUAGUCAAGAACUGUUGGCUACAGCAGUUAAAAAUAGUGUAGAAGAUGACCAUUAAAUUCCACAAUGGAUUCUGAAGCAUAUGUACAAGUAAUUUGCAGAUCUGCUAAUAUUAAGAUCAAAGCUGUGAUCAGGCUGUUCAAAACUACUUUAAGCUGUAUAUAUUUUUCCAAAGAAUAUUGUUCUAUAGGUGAUCAGUUUCUUCAGAAAUAACAUUUGAGCUGCAUUUAAAAACAGUGCCUACUCAGGAUCUACAUGCUUGGUGUAAUACAAGGCCUUAGGUUGCUGAUCUAUAUUUGUUGUGACUUACCUUUCACUCAUUUAAAUAUUUAUUUUUUGUUCUAUUUGUAAUUUUUCUUGAAGCCAACAUCACUGGAAGGUUAAUAUAAUGGCUAUCAUCUUUGAGAAGAGACAAAAAGUUAAUAAACCAAGACACACAGGUCUUAAUUUUAUGUAUGCAAGGUAGCUCAGCAAUUUCAAAGUUUGGUAUAUUUUGCAAAAGACCAAUUUUCCAGUGUGUAAACUAACAAUUCAAUAUAACACAUGCAUAAUUUUACACAAAUUCCUGUCAAAAUUUAUCUUCAUUUAACUCCAAUAUCAAGUGGUUUUAUUGUGUUUUUCUUCUUUCUUGCUAUAUUUAUCACCUAUGAUACAUACUGUUCUACAACUGCCCCCCCCCCCCCCAUUUUCUUUAUAUGAACAUGAUGACGUAAAUAAUUUGCAUUUCUGUCAACUCUGUUAUCAUUUCUUGUAGAAAGAUUUCUACUAUUCAUCAUAUCAACAUAAUCUUUUAGUUCAGUGUCUAAUUUUGGCAGCAAUGCAUUUAAGUGAUAUUUUAAUUCUACACAUAACAACUUAGCUUUCAUUUUACAAUGGGACUUGCCAUACACUAGUCACAGUUUGGCACUUCACAUUUUCACUUUAUUAUUGAUAGCAUCAAAAUAGUAUCAAAUGUUUCAUUGUCAGCACUUUAUUCAUGCAGCUUACUGAACUGUGAUGUAGAAGUAAUGUCAAUACGUUUGUGUGAGCUAAUUAUUUAUGUUUUACCUUUAUAGAUCAUUGUCAGUAGUCUUUAUUUAAUCUGGCUGAUUCAUACUCUGUUUUACUUUGUAAUUUAAAUAAUAGACAAAAGAAGAUCCUCACAUGAAUUUAUGUUUAUGUAUGUGACAAUUUUUUUGAAAAGUAAAACUGAACUAUGUUACCAUUAUGAUCUUUACAUAGUGUGCUUUAAGCUGUGCAUUAUGUCACCUUAGCAUAAAAGCAAGGCAUUCUGAAGUCAGGUAAAGCAACUAAAAAAAAUUAGCUUUAUGAGGAGCAAACAAUUACUGGGCAGAUUUGUAAAUAAAUAAAGGUAAUUUAAAGUCAGUUUCAUACUGCUGAGGCUGUAAAAAGCAAAACAUACAUAAAAUAAUGUGACUGCUCAAAAGCCAAAGAAAAGUUUGGAAAUUAAUAACUGCAGUAACAGGCGAAGUACAUCAAACUUAAGAAAUGUGUAUUUUAAACUUCUGAUGUAUUUUGUUCUCAUAGCUUCAGUGUUUCAUUAUAGAGUGCGACUAUAACAAUUAUCUGAGGUGGAAUUAGCAAAAGCACAUUCUACUAUAAAUUAUUACAUUUGGUUUUGGUAAGCACUUCAACAUGUAAUGUAGACAAAUAAAUGCAACAACCCAAGAAAUACCACAGAUAUGAAAUAUAAACAAAAAUUACAAUAGACCAAGGUGCAUAGAUACAUACAUAACCACAGUGAAAAUUUCAAUGGUUUUCAAACUAGUAAGACUGAUGCAGAAUACUCAAAACACUUUUGUAUUGCAAUUUACCUCACUCCAUUUAUGUCUGGCUUCUAUUAAUUCACAUCUUCUUUUCUUUUUUGACUUACGUACUUGAUAUUACAUCACAACAAGACACAAGUGAUGAGAAAAUGUUUACUAAUAUAUGGAAUUUUGUUUUACUUAUGGUCAAAAA